UGCAAACUGACUGCUUCCGUACUCCCAACCAGGGUCAUCCAACUCCAGAUAGUAUACGAAGAGUUGAGAGCCAGGCUACUCAUUACAAACGGGGAAGAGGACCAAUACGCCGCUCUCAGUCAUCACUGGCCUUCUUCGACCUCAUUGACAGUUACCACAGGUAACUUGGAACAAUUAAAGCAGGGGAUCAAUCUUUCCGAGUUAUCACGCACCUUUCGGGACGCAUUUGAAAUCGCCGCCGGGGUAGGACUCCAGUAUAUCUGGAUUGACGCCCUUUGUAUCCUCCAGGAUGACGCUCACGACUGGGCCAGGGAAUCUGCCAAGAUGGGCGAUGUUUACCGGCACGCCCAUAUCACGAUCAACGCCUUUGCGUCGGCAGAUGACAAUGGACAAUGCACCACGGCAUACGUACCUACUGCAUUGGUGGAUUAUGCAUGCCGGGUCGGGGAAGAAGUGUAUGUCCAUGAGGAGGAUGGUGGACUCGCUAACGUCUACGAGGUUGAGGGUGUCAUUCAGACACGGGGAUGGGUUUUCCAGGAAGAGCAGCUUUCCCCACGACGUCUGUACUGUGGAAAACACCAUCUGGUCUGGAAGUGUGCGGAAAUGUGGGCGAGAAACGACAGGCCAUGUGGAUUUUCCGGGGAAGUCUUUGAUAAACCCUUCAUGUCUACCUACCCAUGUUCGAAUUGGAAGUUCGCGUAUCGCCAAUGGCGCCAGAUGGUGCAAGACUAUACCAGGCGCAACCUGACCGAUCCUGCCAAGGACAAGCUUCCAGCCAUAUCUGGUUUGGCCGCGGUCUUUGAACAACACUUUCCAGGUCAUCGUAUUGGAGAUUACCUCGGCGGAAUAUGGCGAGGCGAUCUAUACCGUAGCCUCCUCUGGUACCGUGCCGGUAACGCUAUCGACCGAGAUCGACGCAUUGAUGGGCCAUCUUGGUCUUGGGCUUCGUGGGACGGUCCGAUUGAUUUUGUCUUGGAAGACGACAAUGCCGGUUGGCCGACGAGGAUGACAUGGCCACCUCAAAAGAAAUACCCAUGCAAGGUGCGAGAGGCAACAACGACCUUGACGGAUCCGGAAAACAAGUAUGGUCGAGUAUCAUCGGGCAGAAUGACCAUCAAAGGAAAGGUGCUCAUGAACGCGGGGAGGUUGGGCGAACAAUCCGGAAACACAAGGCCAGCGGAUCCAGAGAUCCAUCUGGACUAUGACGAUACCUUUCCAGAGGAUAGCGUUUUACUCCCCAUCACCCAUCGAUCGGGGCUACUGCUGAGGGUGGUUCCGUGGAGUGCCCAUGAGGCGAUACCGGUCUAUCGGCGGAUCGGAUUGUGUAUACGCCCAGCAAACAAUGACGAUUUUUACUGGAUGCGUGGCGCUCGGUGGGAAACCCACGAACUGACUCUGGAAUAGCUUCCUUCACUUCACCAAGAGGGGGAUGGAG